CUGUGGUUAAGUUUUAAAUUCUUAACCUCACUUUACCAUUUCCAAAUAAUAAAAGUAAUUUAUUAUUAUGAAUAGUGUUUCACAAGGCGUACAAGGAGAUCCAAACGAACAAUGUAUUAAUGAUGUAUUUGACGAUAUCCUAUUUAGUGAAGAAAGAGUAAUCACAGAAAGUUAUACAAGAGGAUACUCUUUAGGAAGUGCUGAGGAUACUAUUGAAGGCUAUCACUUAGGCUAUCACAAAGGUGCAGAAGUUGGCUCUGAACUGGGUUAUUAUGAAGCAUUUUGUGAACAUUACUUAAAAGAAUCAACAGAUGGUAAUAUUUCUAAGAAAGCUGUAAAGAAUUUAGAAGCCUUACAAAAAAGUUUAAAUGAAUUUCCUCACUCAAAUAGUGAUACUAUAGAUCUAUUUGCUUUAAUUGAGAAAAUUCGAGGGUUAUACAAAAAAAUCUGUAUCCAAUUAAAAAUUAAAAGUGAUUUUAAGAAAGAGGGACUGCAGUUUUGAAAAUAUGUCACUAUUAACACAGCAGAUAGUUGCAAAACAAAUAGAACAUACACUUCAGCAUUUAGAAAAAUUCCUUUCGUUAGCUAAUGUUCAUAUGGUCGAUUAUUUUACCAAGGAUGUGUAUUGUAAUUUUAUAUCUGAAGAUAUACGCUGUGAAGCCGAGAUAUAUGGAUUGAAGCAGGCUGUAGAAGCUAUAUAUAGCCAGCAAACAGAAUGUUUACCAACUCUUAAUAGAUAUAUUAAGAAAUGCCAAGAGCUGACAAUAAACAAUACAAAUAUCUGCAUGAGUCUUGAAGAGUUCCAAAAUGAACUACAAAAAUUUGAAUGUAAAAAUAUACCCAAAUUAAAACUGGAAAUGUUUAUGAAACCCAAAAAAAGUCACGAAGUGGAAAUAUUAAGUUGGGUAGUCUCUGCAAUAAAACAUAUAUCAAAUACUUCCCACAUCAUUGAUAUUGGUGAUGGAAAAGGCUAUCUCAGUUCACUAUUAGCAUUGCAUUAUAAAAUACCAGUUUUGGGAAUAGAUGCUUCUCCUGUUAAUACUAAUGGGGCAAUUAACAGAGCCAAAAAGCUUUCUAAAGUUUGGAAUGGUGUAGUUACACAUAUCAAAACCACUGAUACAAGUAUUAAUUUAUAUAAACAAAUAACAAAAUUUGUGGAUGAAAAAAUCAAAUUUGAUAAACUUAUUGCAGAUGUGUUUCUAGAAUAUCCAGAUAGUAUUGGGCUUACUGGUUUACACACUUGUGGUAACUUAGCUUCAAGUUGUUUAAAAAUAUUCAAUGAAAAUUCCUCCAUCAAAACAAUCUGUAAUAUAGGAUGUUGUUAUCACCUUCUGACAGAUGAGUUUGAACCACAGACAGAAAAAAACAUCUACAAUAGAUCUCAGACUGGUUUUCCAAUGAGUCAAUUUUUAAAAAAUAAAAACUAUGCCAUAGGCCGAGGAGCGAGAAUGUUGGCAAGUCAAUCCGUAGAAAGAAUUUUAAAUAAAAAUGAACAUUCAUCUAUUAUAGGAAUGUUUUAUAGAGCACUUUUUGAAAUUGUUAUUGAAAACACUUCUAAUUAUAAAUCAAGCAUGGAAAGACAUGUUGGAAGGUUCAGAAAAAAGCCAGUAUCAUUUUUAGAUUAUGUUCUAAAAGCUGCCGAAAGAAUUAACAUGCCUGUUUUAAUGUCCGAGUCUGAAAUUGAAAAUCUUUUCAAGAACUAUGAACAGAGAAUUGAUGAAAUGAACUUUUUCUAUCUAGUAAGAUGUAUGUUAGCACCUGUUAUCGAGUCAUUGAUUUUAUUAGACAGACUAUUGUAUCUUCUAGAGAAUGAAUAUACCAAUACAUUUAUGGUUCAGUUUUUUAAACCAGUUAUAUCUCCUAGAUGUUAUGGUAUAGUUUCUAUAAAAUAGAGUAAGAUUUUUAUACAUAAUAUCUGUUAUAAGUAACAACUAAGAAUGUUAAGGACUUAUGGUUUUUAUAUUAAAGUUUAAUAAAUUAUU